CACAGACCCUUGUUUAACAGACCAAGACCAAGAAAGAAGAAAAUGUCCUCCACAAUUCACACCAGCGCCGGCGACAAGCCCGUCGACCCCUACAAGGCCAAAUCGCUGCAAGACCCUCCUCUGCCGCAAAAGAUCGAAGACCUGACGACCUUCAUCUCGAGCACCAAAUUCGGGAUGCUCACCACGCAGUUGCCCAAUUCAGAGUUCCUGACGUCGCGGUGCAUGGCACUCGCCGGGAUGGAAAACGGCGGCAUCGACCUCAUCUUCCACACGAACCUCUUCUCCAGCAAGACCCUCGAUCUCAGCCUCCACCCUUCCCAAGUCAACAUGUCCUUCUACGACCCCGUCAGCGGAGGCUGGGCGUCGGUGUCCGGCGUCGCCAGUAUCAUUUCCGACCCCGCCACCGUCGAGAAAUACUAUUCGCCUGCGCUGUCCGCCUGGCUCGGUGACCUCGGAGAUGGCGUGCACGACGGGAGUCCGUCUGAUCCGCGCAUUGGCGUCAUCAAGCUGGAGGCCCGGCUGGCGACGUAUGCGAUUGCCAAGCGUGGUGCGAUCGGCCGGGCGGUCGAGACUGUGAGGAGCGUUGCUGGUGGGGAUGUCCCUGCUGUUAAUAGUAUUAGGGAGUUGAGCUCGGAGGAGCUGCAGGAGUGGCGUCGGACUCACGCGUGAUUGGGAUAUUUAGGUCUAGCUUGUAUGUUGAUGUAAUAAUUAAAUUCAUUGUCCCAUAAUGUACAGUGUACGGUCCCCGGACCUAAAGC